UUUGAAAAAGAGUUGGUCGUCUCAAUGUAGGGAAUGCUAUGACCGCCUCAUUACUCCUCCACUCGCACUGGAUUGACCCGGUGAUGUUUCUGUACGAGAACGGUUUGGAUGAAAGAAGCAAGAACAUGGAAGGAUUUACUGGAGGCAAUUUUGCUGCAAAUCAGUGCAGGAAUCUGUUAGCGCAUCCAACCUCACUGGCGCCCAGCACCACCUACACUGCGAGUGAGGUGCCAGUGUCUGGCAUGGGGGAACCUGGCAAACAGUGCAGCCCCUGUUCUGCCACUCAGAGCUCGCCCAAUGCAUCUUUGCCCUAUGGAUAUUUUGGCAGCAGUUAUUACCCCUGUAGGAUGUCACACGGCAGUGUUAAAGCGUGCGCACAGCCUUCUGGUUAUGGCGAUAAGUACAUAGACUCAUCGGUCUCUGGUGAGGAGUUCUCUUCUAGAGCGAAAGAAUUUGCGUUUUAUCAGGGGUAUUCCUCUGGCCCUUACCAACCCAGCUACUUGGACGUCCCUGUCGUACCUGCGCUGAGCGCCCCAUCUGAGCCAAGACACGAGUCUCUGUUGCCCAUGGAACCUUACCAGCCAUGGGCCAUCACCAACGGUUGGAGUGGUCAAGUUUACUGCACCAAGGAGCAACCACAGUCAAAUCCUCUGUGGAAAUCCACUUUACAAGAAACUAUCUCUGGUGGAGACAACUCUGUGCGUCGUGGGAGAAAGAAGCGUGUGCCAUACACCAAGGUGCAGCUCAAGGAACUGGAAAGAGAAUAUGCCACCAAUAAAUUCAUCACCAAAGACAAAAGGAGAAGGAUAUCUGCGCAGACAAACCUGACAGAGAGACAAGUGACAAUCUGGUUUCAAAACAGGCGCGUAAAGGAGAAAAAAAUCGUUAAUAAAUUCAAGAGCUCCAGUUAGCUCCGAGGAUGGUGAAAGGUGGACAUGGAUGCCCUUUAAUCCGAAAAAAGAAAGAAAAACAAAAAGAAAGAAAAGAAAAAAGCAAAAAAAAUACCCGUGCUAUAAUUUAUUACUUUAUGAACGCUUUUGUUGUCGCCAGAGAGGCUCUGUUUUGUCCUGCACAUUUCCUUCUCCUGUUUUAAUUGGAACCAGCCUAUACGGCCUGUUGACAGAAGAUCGGAAAUGCUUUGGAACACGUUGACCAAGGCAAUUGUGCGUGGGAUGCUUUAAUAUUAUUAACCAAAGACAUUCUGCUUUGAAAAAAAAAAAAAAAAAAAACUAAAA